GAUAUUCGUACAUUUAAACAAACUACAGACUUUAAAAUUGCUAGUAAUUUAACAGACGUGUAUUUUAGAAGUUAUGUGUCAUUAAAAAGGUUUUUUGCGAUUUAAGGACACAUCUUUGGACAUUUUGAUUGGAGUCUAAGUGGAAAAUUACAUUUCACAUGUCAAUUAGAUAUGCCAAUAAAAACGUGGUCGAAGGCUUCAAAAAGAACGUGACGUCAUGUUACGGUGAGGACGAGGAAUGGGGAAACGAGAGCGAGGCGAUGCCGGGAGAACCUCGCACGCCGAGCUCAGGGGGCGAGCGCGCGGCCUCGAGCGGAGGCGCCUCGCCGGCGUCCGCGGGCUCGCCCGGGGCCUCCCCGCCGCGCCUGCGCCUCAACACCAGCCUGGCCACCGACCCCGCGCUGGCCCCGCAGGCCGCGGCCCUCAAGCAUGAGCCGCCCUCGCCUUCGCCCCCGCCACCUCCCGUGCCGCAACAAACGAGAGACUUCCUGGCUCUAUCUGCAACCUUCCCCGCCCUGUUCCCGGCGGCUCCGGCGCCCGGGUACAUGUGCAAGCCGUGCGGAAUACGAUACUCAUCCCUGAGUACCCUUCAAGCGCACCAAGAACAUUACUGCUCAAACAGGAGACCCAAGCCGACGGAGGGCACUGAUGCGCCUGCUGACCCAGCUGCGGAUGAAUCCAGCAGCGACGCGAAAACUCCGCGGCCGGCCACUGCGAGGCAGUACACUUGCAACCUCUGCUCGUACAGCGCCGACAAGAAAGUCAGUUUAAACCGGCACAUGCGAAUGCACGCGCCGUCGCCGGCCAGCAGCGGGACUCCGGCGCCGACGCCCACGUCCAACGGCGAGGCCCCCGCCGACGGCCCGCUCGUGCAAGACCGCUACUGCGCCGACUGCGAUAUAAGAUUCAGUUCAAUCAAAACGUAUAGAGCGCAUAAAGCGCACUACUGCAGCACUCGACAGGUCGUCAAGCAGGCGGUGGCGACGGCGAGAGCCAGUUCAGCCACGUCUGGGUCCGCGCCUCCCUCGCCCGGAGCGACACCCCCAGCGCAGGCGCAAUAUGCACUCGCUCUACCUACCAAUCCGAUUCUCAUCGUACCUUACUCAUUAUUACGGAGCGCCAGCACGCUCCCAGGUACAACUCUACCGGACCCGGACACUCCAUGCUUUCUGUUACCAAACGGGACAUUCCAGCCUCUCAGCCGCGCGUUACCAAAUAUGACGACCGAAGGGAAAGAACCUGAAGUCUUGAAAUCGGCUAACAGGCCCCGGGAGCCCUCGAGAGAUGGUGCCACGCCGCUAGAUUUAAGCGUGCGACGGUCGCCUGAAUCUGUAACGACUGAUGAGCACGAAAAGGAGAACAGGAUACGUUCAACGACGCCCGAGCAGAUCGUCUGUGCUCCCUCGCUGCCGGGAUCGCCAGGAACGCCGUCUCCAUCCAGGCGGUCGUCCUCUCCUUGCGGCGAACCCCAGCCGACUAAAAGAAGACGACUGAGUUCUCGAGGCCCGACCCCAAAGCCACCAAGUGUGCCUUCGCCACCGGAAGAAAAAUUCAGUCCCGUCGUCCCGCCCCCGAUCAUACCCCCCGCUCUGGCGUUGAGACUGGCGAGUGAACUGCCAGUGACCGUGUCUGCGUCGCCCCAGGUGUUGGUUAAACAAGGCGUGUCGAAAUGCAAGGAGUGCAACAUUGUUUUCUGCAAGUUGGAGAACUACCGCAUCCACAAGCGGCACUACUGUCCGUCUGGGGGCGGGGAGGAUAGAGCGAGUCCGGCUCCAGCGGAGCCGGGGCCGCCUCCGCAGUAUCGUCAGUUGAUUUGCCUGGCUUGUGGGAUCCACUUCAGUUCGCUGGACAAUUUGACGACGCAUCAGUCGUAUUACUGUACGAAGAGGGAGACGCGGUCGCCGCGGACGGCGCCGGAACUGCCUAGGCCUGCGGCGGGGGCGGGGGCCGAGGGGGGGUGGAAGUGCCCGUGCUGCGAGGUGGUGUCGCCGACGGCGGCGGCAGCCCAACGGCAUAUGGAGGCACACGCGGGCGUCAAGGCCUUCCGCUGCACCAUCUGCCGGUACCGCGGCAACACGCUGCGCGGGAUGCGCACGCAUAUACGCAUGCACUUCAACAAUAAGAAGCCUGCCGAUUUGCAGGAAGAAAGCUACAUCGCGUGCGUGUUAGAAGAGGAUAACCGCGAGGUUACCUCUCCCAGUCCCGCAGCAGGCGGCGAGCGAGUCCACCGUUGCGGCAGCUGCGCCUACACAUCCACCUACCGCGGCAACGUGGCUCGCCACGCGCGUCUUGUCCACGCAACGGAAGACCCAGAACCUGAAGAACCCACCCAGACCUCCCCAGUCCCCGUCGUCGACAUCAAAAAAGAACCAGAGGCAGAAGGAGAAGAAACGCCUAACUACUGCAAAUUCUGCGACAUCUCGUUCAAAUACGUCAACACGUUCAAGGCACAUAAGCAGUUCUACUGCACAGCGAACAAUCAGGAGACGGCCGCGAAUAAUAACGUGCCUGCUCCGCCGCCGGUAAGGGUCACGGACACGCCUGUGCUAUGAGAUGAUUGAGAUUGCCCUGGGAGAUGUUAGAUUUUCACUUCACUAUUGCGUUCAUGAAACCAUGUUACAGAAAUGUUUAAACUGUGGUUGGUCCACGCAUUUGCUAAGCCAACCUGUAACCGACAUUUUACAUAGGAUAGAGCGGGUACUCGUGGUGCUCUAAAAACUUGAACUUAUUUUCUGAAUAUAGAGUCGAUGGUCGCGUCCCAUUUGAUUUGAUUUGCCAAGGGCCUUAGUUGAUUUACUUUUGAAGAACCUCAAGCUGGUUCUUCUAAAAUAUUUUUUCAUGUACUACAUCACCACUCAAACAAAGAGUCAACUUUUAUAAACGCAAUAGAAGUGAACAUUUAACUCUCCGGGCAUUGGCUACUGAAUCUGAAUAUUUGGAAUUACGCUGGCAAAUAACUUAUGCUUCCGUUUGCUUAACGUUUCUCCUAUGCUAGAAUAGUCAAAAGUGUAUCCACUACGGAUUUGUAAUCAAUUGUGUGCAAUAAUCGGAUAAUGUUUAAUUGGAUCCCGCAUAUCAAGCCAAAUUGACGUUACACUCGUGUGAGUGAGAGAGUGAAUGAGUUGUUGGUUGCUCUUCGCAAGGUACAGUCAUGAGCAAAAAACUUUAAAUACACAAUGCAAUUUAUUUAUCCGUAAUAAAUAACAGCUUAACUUCCAAUGAAAAAUAAGCACAUUUUCUCGUGACUGUACAAGCGAGCCCUCAAGUGUAAACACGUUAUGUUACGGACCUUGUUAUUGUAAAUUUACUAAUAGUUAAAAGUUAACCUCUUCGUCUUUGUAUUAGUAUACGUUAAAAAUUACCAAAUUGUAAAUAUAUGUAAAGAUAUUAUUACAUUGUAACUAAAUUUUAUUACCAUUUGUUCUAAGUAAUUGUUCUUUCUUUGUUGUUAAUUUUGUUUAUUAUUAAUUAUUAAUCCUAGAUGAAUUAUUGUAUUCUAUAACUUGUAAAGCGAUCUAAUGCUCAUUCCAGAAUUAUUAUUUUACCUACCAGUGGUUUUCUCAUUAUUAUUCAUUAAUAGGCUAUGUAUGUGAUCUUAUUUCUUUGUUCUAGGCUGAAAGCUUAGUUUGCUAUUGAAAGAAAAGGUAUUUUGAAUUUGAAAGACAUUAUUUAAGUAAUUAUAUUUAUUAUUAUUCACGUAAACCAGAAAUAAAACCAUAGACACUUGCAAUAUGAACUCUUGCAAUGUGACACUAAUUGAAAUCAUUGUCUAUGUGAGAGGAAAGUAAAUUAAAUUUUGCCAGGUUUGUCAAAAAAUACUUCAUAAACUGUAGUAAAUUAUCCAUUUAUUCCUUCACUUUUUGACUUCUGAUUGAAUUGACUUGUAGUUAUUUAUUGCGAAUGAACUAUUUUUUAACAAUUAAAUUUUUCUCUUCUAUGUUCAGUAGUUGAAGUUAUUAAAACGAAACACUUAUUUAACAACGUUUAAAUAAAACAAUAAGCAAAAUACCAUGUUUUGUCUAUGCCAAAGCAUUGCUAGAGUAAUCGUAAUUUGCAUUUAUAGGUAUCUCACUAAUUAUAGUAUAGGUGUAAGUGAAUACAAGACUUAUUUCGUGGAUUACCUACGUAUAAUAACUUUUGUGUUUGUCUAUGUAGAAUUGGAAUGAGUCUCGAAUCUGUUGGGAUAACAACAGUGGUGGUACAGUGACCAAUACAUUGAUCUGCUGUGACGUAUCUUCAUGUUUAUUAAGUGUGCAGUUUUUUAAAGUUUAAAAAAAUCGUUAACAUUUUCGUCGACGACUGUACACGGAUAGACGUAAUUUAUCAUGACAUUUAUGUAAAAAAAUAUGUAACCAAACAAAAAACAUUGCAUUAUUUCAAAUACAUUGACGGGUGCGACCGUUAGUAGAAAAAUGGGGCGUCAAUAUCGGUCGAUGUAAGCAAACUUAUGCAAUUUGUUGUGAGUACAUAUCAAUACGCAGCAUCUGAUGCAACGUGCCAUAAUCUGUAAACUUUAAACGUUUCAAUAAGACCGCAUCUCGAAUAACGCCGUAAAAAACUUUGCCAUUUAGACGCAUAUUGCUUGAACCGACUAUAAAAAAAUAUGGCUCCACAAUAUAAAAAAAGAUUUUUUCCUGUAAUUUUUUUUUUCAUUUUCUUUCAAGCAAUGCAAUGCAAUAGAAAACUCCUUGGACGUUUUUGAUAUUAAAAACUUAUUUCAAAAUAUUUACCUACUCUAUCACUGGUUGAAAUCCGCUGCUUCGAAAAAUAUUUUAACGUAUCUCAAUAAAAAUGCGUAACUUAUCGUUUCAAUUUAAGAAUUUUCCUCUCGACUGUACUUCAAAAGCGUUCAAGGCUACAUUUGGCUAUAAAAUGUGUACGAAAUUUCAAAAACUAAAUGUAAUCAUAGAGUGUUAAUAAAGUGAUAAUACGUGUAAAAGUUAUAUCAAUAACUGAGGUAGACAUACGAUGAUAUUGUAAAAAAUAUGCCAGACAAUAAAUUAUUUAUCACAUAUUAAA